AUGAGCACCUCCUUUUAUGACCAUCUCUUUGAGGAUAACAAUGCCACCCGGGCAACCAAGGAUGAUGACCCUUUGAUUGUGGAUGCCAUGGAUACCAAUCGUUUUCUCACAUUUAUCGAGCUACGCUGCAAGGUGCGCGCACUUGCAAUUGCAUUACGUCGACCACCUUUCAAUUUUCAAGAAGGUGACGUGAUCGCUUUUUGCUCAGCUGAUGAUAUUGAAUGUGCUAUUGCUAUAUGUGGGAUUGCAUGUGCUGGUCUAUCGGCAUGUCUUAUUCCAUCCAAAUCCCAUGCUGAUGACAUCCGAAACAUCUUCCAUUCCACAUCACCCAAAGCAGUCGUCGCUCACCCUGAAACAUUGGAUACCGUCAAAAAAGUAUGGAAUAAGGAAAACGGCAAUGCAAUCCCCAUUUUGCUACUUGGAACCGAACACGCGGCCAAAGACACCGAACUUCUUGCUCAAUACACACGUGGUGACAAGCAUGGUGAAUUGCCGAGGGUAAAUCCAGAUACACCUGCUUUUAUUGUAUGCACUUCAGGAAGCACGGGUCAUCCCAAACCUGUAGUCCUCACUCAACGUGUGGCGAUUGCACGCAUGCAACAUGAGAAUCCAGCUAAUCGUGUCGUCGAUGCCGAUCAUGCAUCUCCUCGUUUAUUAUCCACCACUCAUUGCGCUUUUAUAUCUUGGCUCAUGCUUUGCUGGAUCACUAUAAGGAUUGGAUAUCCACAAUAUGUAUUGGGAGAAUGGAAUGCAUCAAAUUUGGAUCUUGUCAUGAGCAAGGUGCAGGAGCUGGGGAUCACAUGGAUACUGAAAUUGGAAUCUCAAGUAAUCACACAAAUUGCGUAUCAACCAGAAAUGAUCAAGAAAUACCAACUUUCGACUCUGCAAGUUGUUGAUUCAGGUGGCCAACUUGUUCCACAAGAUGCACUUUUACGCGCAGCAGAGAUUCUCAAAGCAAGUAUUCGAUGUGUCUAUGCCAGCACGGAAACAAGCCUUGUCUUUGCGUUAUCCGACAAAUGUACAUUCUACAGAAAGGAGGGGUUGUUUGCAAAGAAUGAUCCAUCUGCUAGAGUUAAGCUCGUGGAUAGCAAUAACAAAGAGGUGUCUAUUGGUGGUGAAGGCGAGUUAAUAGUGAAGAGUCCAAUGAACGCAGUGGGUUAUUACAAUCGGCCUGAUUUGACCGCAAAAUCAUUUGACAAUGAAGGUUACUAUCACACGGGAGAUGUAUGCACUGUGGAUGAAAAGGGCAACUAUACUAUGCUUGGUCGGAAAGCGGAUAUCAUCCGGACAAAGCCAUCACCGUUCUUCCCCAAAUUACUUGAGGACAUUUGCCUGUCGUUUGGAGGGAUCAAGGAAUGUGCUAUCGUGGGUGCAUUUAGCUCAAAACAUGACCAAGAACUUCCUCGUGCGUAUAUUGUACCAUCAGACGGAAUCGCAUUUGGACAAGACAAGGUUGAGCAGCUUAUCAAGUAUGUUGAAAAACAAGUACCUAUUCAGGAGAUGAGAUUGAGUGGCGGUGUUAAGGUCAUGGAGGACCUUCCUAUUGGGAAGACUGGGAAAAUCGAACGAGCAACACUCAAAAAGCUCGCUCAAGAGGAACUCCAAGGACAUGGUAUUAUUUAG